AUGAGGAUCUUCAACCACCUGUUGCUUAUUUUGUCUCUGGUGCCGCUGGUGCUGAAUUCCCCUUUCUUCCCACCAACAUGCUACUCCAAGGUGCUGAGCAUGGCGCGAGAGCUCACCCAGUUGGCAGCAGAUUUGAAGAGGGACUAUGAAACAAGCUACUGCAUGGCACAUAUGCCAGAUCUCUACCUUGAUGUCCAUAAUUCCUGUGUGAUGUACAAAAUGAGGACCUACAUCUCCUUGGUGGAAGGCCUGCGACAGCGCCGCUGUGCUUACACCAGUGAAGUGAGGAAGCUGGGUGCCACCCUGAGGCAGCUUUUCAUCUUCAUGUCGCAGAAAUGUCACGGGGAACUGGUGUUCACAAUCCAUGACUGUGCCGCACUGGAGCGUUGAUAUGCUGGCUGCUGAAAUGACGACAUAACUGCCUGUUCAAGGAGAGUGCAGACAGAGAGAGAGUCUGAGUGAAAACCUCUCUAAUGACAGUACCGUGCAAAAUUGAAAGACACACGAUUUAAGUGAGUUAAGCUGAUUAAACUGUGUGGCUGUGUUAAAUUAACAUCAAAAAACAUCAUCCUCUUUUCUGUUUAUAAUGAGGAUUAUUAGCAACAAAU